UGUCUAUCUUCCUCUCAAGAUUGAACCUUUCGAUUACUUUCUGCAAUGAAAGCCACUAACCUUAGGAACCCCUUAUCCAAAUUAAGUUAAAAACACUAUGGACAUUGUUGAAGAUAUUGUGAUUGCAGGAGCUGGACUUGCUGGCCUUACUACUGCGUUGGGACUUCACAGGCUGGGAAUUCGAAGUUUGGUUUUGGAAGCCUCAAAUAGAUUGAGGACCACUGGAUUUGCAUUUCUGUCAUGGAACAAUGCUUGGAAGGCCCUCGAUGCUGUUGGUGUUGGAGAAACUCUCCGCCAGCAGCAUAAGCAGUUUCAGAGUUUUGGUGGUUACUCCUUGGUUUCUGGGAAAAUCAAUUCAGAGUUAUUAUUUAAAGAGCAUGAAGUACGUUGUCUGAAGAGACAACUUUUGGUGGAAGCUCUGGAAAAGGAACUCCCGAGUGGUACAAUUAGGUACUCCUCCAAAGUGGUUUCCAUCGAGGAAUCUGGUCACUUUAAAUUGGUUCAUCUUGCUGAUGGAACAAUUAUCAAAACAAAGGUCUUGAUUGGGUGUGAUGGAGUUAACUCUGUGGUGGCAAAGUGGCUCGGUUUUGAUCCACCUGUUUUUACAGGAAGAUCAGCCAUUAGGGCUUAUGCAGAUCUCAAAGGUGGCCAUGGUUUGGGGCCAAAGAUCAGUAUGUUCUUUGGCAAUGACAUUCGAACAGGUUACCUCCCUUGUGAUGAUCAAACUGUGUACUGGUUCUUGGCUUAUAAUGCAUCCUCCAACCAAGAUAAAGAGCUUGAGGAAAACCCAGCUAAAUUGAAGCAAUUUGCAUUAAGCAAGAUUGGAAAUUUGCCUGAUAAAUUGAAAUCUGUUGUUGAAGGCACUCAGCUAGAUAGUAUUAUAACAUCUCCAUUGAGAUACAGACGCCCUUGGGACUUAUUGUGGGGAAAUAUCAGUAAGGGUAAUGUCUGUGUUGCGGGUGAUGCCCUGCACCCCAUGACCCCAGACAUUGGCCAAGGUGGAUGUGCUGCUUUGGAAGAUGGUGUUGUUCUGUCCAGAUGUCUUGCCGAGGCCUUAUCGAAAUCAGGGGAGGAAGAAUGGAAGAGGAUUGAAAUGGGAUUAGAGAAAUAUUCCAGAGAGAGGAGAUGGAGAAGCAUUGAGCUCAUUAGCACGGCUUAUGCAAGUGGGGCUAUACAAAACAGGGGUAGUGGAAAGAUAAUGAAUUUCUUGAGGGAUAAAUUUCUGAACAAAUUCUUCCUUGGAUUAAUGCUUGGGAGGGCUAGCUUUGAUUGUGGGAAGCUCAGUGUUUCUUGAAAGAACCAUUUGUGCUUCUGUUAUGCCCAUUUGUUUGAAAUCCAUUAAAUAUUUUACUGUUUUGAGUUAUGAAAUGCAAAGAAGCUUACAUCACCAGUUUGGACUUUGGAAGUGGUACUUUCAGUUUUAUUCGGUCCGAAUGCUCAAUUUCAAAAGGGAUUAGAGAAAUGAAUAACACAUACGUUA